GAACGCAGGAAGCGAGGACCUUUCAGCUCCUCUCUGCCAGAUGCUCUCACCUGGCAGAAAGCCCUAGGCACGUACCUGACUGAGGUUGACCUGUGUUUGUCGCAGCUUGCACAGCACGUGGGUCACAUGUGAACACCGUUGGGAGCAGUAGUCAUUUGGACCUUGGAAAAAGGAUGGUGACAGUUUUGUUUGCUUCCAGGCUGGUAAAACAGAACUUCCAUGGUCUGCAUUUCUUCUCCCAGAUCAGGACCAGAUUAGGGUCAGCUGCUAAUGUUGCCUGCCCUCAUGAACUGCUUGUGCUCCAGACUGACACCUGUAGGGGUGAAAGACGAGUUCUUGGGGAGUGACGUUAAAUCUGUCCCAAUGCCAGCUCCCACCCGGCAGCCUGCUCAGCUCAGUGAGUAACCUUAGCUGGGAACUUGCUGUUACUUUAAAUAAGAACUCUCGUUGCCUCGUGCUGUAAGGUGAGAAAUUCUUCUGGAAGAGGAGGACGACAGUGACACUUGUAGCUUGCUGGUAUUGCUGGCCAUUUUGUGAGGCAACAAAAAACUGGCUGAAACAGAGCAAAAGCCUGCAGGAGCCUUCAGAUCUAAUUCUGCAAAGGGACACUGCCACUGGAGAAAGUGACAAAGCCCUGGUAGUAAGAAGAGCUUUUCUGGAUUGUAUCAUUUCUAAAAGCCAAUUCCUCUCCUAUCGUCUCUCUGCUUCUUCGUCCCUUUAAGCUUCUGCGUUAUUUGGUGGUCUUCAUCUGUUUUUCUCUCUGCGUUGUGUGCCCCACCAUAGCAGUCGUGCUGCUGGAAGAAGAACUGGAGAAAGAUGCACUAAACUGUCAUACAUCAAAGAGGAAAAGCUUGGAUCCUGUCUUGGUGGCUGCUGUGCCGCACAGCGUUUGAGAGGAGGAGAAUUAGAGUGAACUUGCUGUAGUUCCCGGUUCCUGCAGUGUUCCCUGCUAGCUCAGUGGUUGGUGUCCUCCAUUCCUGGACUUUGCUUGAUGGGGAUCUCUGCUGCAGGAGCAGUCUCUGCGCUCAAAGGCAGGCAAGCAGGGAUAGGAGAGGUCGGCUCUAGAUGCCGGAAAGGCCAUUUGUAUAAGCUCCUGGCAGAAGAUCUCUUCUGGAACAGCCGCUGGCUGUAGGCCCACCAAGCCAAGGGUCGGGAUAGCCUCUCUGCAGCAUGUCUUCCAAGCCAGAGCAGAAAGAGACCCACCAGGCCAAUGGGGCUGUGCUCCCCAUUGUGCCCAUGGACUGUCUCACCAGUCCGGACCGGGGGCAGCUGGUGGAGCCCUCAGAUUUCCUGGGACCUGAUGGUGAUGGGGUUGAAGUGGUGGUGUUGGAGUCCCGUGCCAAUGCUAAAGGGGUGCGAGAAGAAGAUGCCCUGCUGGAAAAUGGCAGCCAGAGCAAUGAAAGCGAUGACACCAGCACAGACCGAGGUCCUGAGCCAGCCUCACCCCUCAAGGAGACCUCCUUUUCCAUCGGGCUGCAAGUCCUCUUUCCAUUCCUUCUGGCAGGCUUUGGGACAGUUGCUGCUGGAAUGGUGCUGGAUAUCGUGCAGCACUGGGAUGUCUUCAAAUACGUGACUGAGGUAUUUAUCUUAGUCCCUGCGUUACUGGGCCUGAAGGGGAACCUGGAGAUGACUCUGGCGUCUCGCCUGUCGACAGCUGCUAAUAUUGGCCAAAUGGAUACACCCAAAGAGCUCUGGAAGAUGAUAACAGGGAACAUGGCUCUGAUACAGGUUCAGGCUACUGUGGUUGGCUUCCUGGCCUCGAUCGCAGCAGUGAUAUUUGGAUGGAUCCCAGACGGGCACUUCAGCAUUGACCAUGCUGUCCUGCUUUGUGCCAGCAGUGUGGCUACUGCUUUCAUUGCUUCCCUUGUUCUGGGCAUGAUUAUGAUUGGGGUCAUCAUUGGAUCUAGGAAGAUGGGGAUCAAUCCUGAUAACGUCGCCACACCAAUUGCUGCCAGCCUGGGGGAUCUCAUCACCCUGGCUCUGCUUUCAGGAAUCAGCUGGGGCUUGUACAAAGAGCUGGAGAGCAAAGCCUAUGUGAAUCCUUUGGUCUGCGCCUUCUUCAUAGCUCUGCUGCCCAUCUGGAUCAUCAUUGCCAAGAAGAAUGCAGCGACUCGGGAGGUGCUGUACUCUGGCUGGGAGCCAGUCAUUAUCGCAAUGGCUAUUAGCAGUGUUGGGGGUUUAAUUUUGGACAGAACAGUCUCGGAUCCAAACUUUGCUGGGAUGGCUGUCUUUACGCCAGUUAUUAAUGGUGUGGGUGGCAACCUGGUGGCAGUGCAGGCCAGUCGCAUCUCCACGUACCUGCACAUGAGUGGGAUGCCUGGAGAGAGCUCCGAAACAGCCCCUCGCAAGUGCCCCAGCCCUUGCAGCACUUUCUUCAGCCCAGAUGUGAAUUCCCGCUCUGCUCGUGUGCUCUUUCUUCUGGUGGUGCCUGGACACUUGGUUUUCCUGUACACCAUCAGCUCCAUGCAAGGUGGACACACUACGCUCACCCUGAUUUUCAUAGUCUUCUACAUGACAGCUGCGCUUCUCCAGGUUCUCAUUCUUCUGUACAUUGCUGACUGGAUGGUGCACUGGAUGUGGGGCAGGGACCUCGAUCCUGACAACUUCUCCAUCCCAUACUUGACGGCGCUGGGGGACCUGAUUGGAACAGGUCUCCUCGCUCUCAGCUUUCACAUCCUCUGGCUCAUCGGUGACCGGGACACUGAUGUGGGAGACUAGCUCUCCCUGCUGCCCCCCCUUCUCACAGCUCUGCUCCUCCUUUCAUUUUGUUGUUGUUUCUUUUCCUCCACCCUUACUCUCCUUUGCUUCCUCCCCCCACCCUGUCUCUCUUGAGACUUCGUCUUUGAUACUGGAUUCUCAUUAUUUUCAAUGGGAAUUUUAUGUGGUUUAUAUUUCAAGCCAAGUUUGUACAGAAAAUAAAUCUAGUUUUAGGAAGGACAAAAAAAAAGUGUAACGAGACAAUCACCAAGUGCAAUUUCGUAGGAGUUAUGUCUGAACCAAGGUUACAGUGAAGAUACUGAUCAGUCAGAUCACACAGGGAGCCCACCUGUCCCUGUCACUAGAGGUGAAGGGCUGCUUUUUUUUCGCUUCAUAAGCGUUUUAAAUACUGGAGGUAAGGUUCAGAUUUAUUUUACUGAACAGGCACCUUCUAGCAAAGUACAACCUCAUGGAGGAGGGCAUGGGGUGUCUCCUGUCUUCUCUGCCCUGUCGCCCUCCUCUCUCGUGUUCGCUCUCUGAAUCCCCCUCCUGCGCCAGCAUCCAAAGCACGAGAGUCUCUGGUAGAAGGAUUACCGAGGAUGGCGAGGAAGGGUCCUCUGUGCCGAAACACCCAUUCCUGUGUGUGCACAGGGAAAGCGCGGGGUCUCGGGUUUGAGGACUGCAGAGCCCUGAAGCCUGGCUGUGAGCAGGCCGGUCUCUGCUGACAGAUUUAGGCUCCCUUUUGCCAACCAUCCGGCAGCGCCUCAAACUGCAGACAACUUGUCCUGCCUCCCGUUGUGAGCAGAGGUCGGUUACUGCUGCCCGCAAAGGGAUGCGCUCUGUGCUUUGUCUGUGAGCUCUCCCCGUCCGUCCUUCUCCCCUUCUGCCUCCCAGUGCUCUGCUGGAGGCUCCCCUUCGUGCUGCUGGGGGCACAGCACUGCUUUCCCGGCAGCCUGCUCAGUUCAGUUGACUUUCCUGGAGGCGAGGGUGGAAAAAUAGAUCCUAUUUUGUGUGUUAAGAUUUUCUUUCAGUUGCUGAGUGCGGCUGACGGGCCCAUUGCAGCCUGGAAGAAGCCUCUCUGGUUGAGCCUGAGACAUUUCAAAUUUGGGAGCAUCAGGCUCUUGGUGUCCGUUAGAAAAGGACGUCCAUGUUCAGCCGCUGGAUUUCUCUCUGUGCAGGCGCCAGCUGGAAAACAGGUCAGCGGGCACAGUCGGAUUUCUGAAGUCCUGGUCCUUCGUGCAGCUUUCUGUAGGGGACUGCAGCGAAGGAGCCCACUUGCCCUUGAGCAGGCGUGUAAAAUCGGGCAUCAGGGUUAGAGCCCACCUCGCAAGCGCUGACUGAGCCCUGCGAGCGCAGUUUUCCCUGCUCUGAUCCUUUCCCCGCUGCUUUUUGCGCUGCUGGGCUCGGUGGUGGCUGAGGCGCCUUCCCUUCUGCUGCUCCCAUGCAGUCUGCAGCCGCCUGACGAGGGAAAACCUGUUCUGGCUGCGUGACUAAGGCGUUUGUAAAUGAUCUUCGGCACUCCACGCUCUUUAGUUUUCCCAUUUGGAUAUAAAUCAAUUCAGUAAACUGAGUGCAGUUUCAUGUAAGCAGGUCUUAUCGACUUAGGAACUUCACCCCGUUACACCGAGUUUAAAUGAUGUGCUGGAGCUGACAGCGCUAUUAAACAUGCUCUAAUGCAUGAAUAUAAAUGGAAUGUGUAAGUGCGCUUGGGGGAAAGCUCUUAACACCUGUCAAGGGGGGAGAAAAUACAGUAUAUCCCAUGGAGCCUAAUUUCAGUGCUGCACUGCCCGAAGCUUGGGGAGCUGCCAGUAUCUUCCCAAACGCUGGGGGAUGCCUAGAGUGUUCGGCGCAGCAACACCUUGUAUCCUGGGCCUGAAAUUACAGCAAAGCUCUCAUGUUCGUUAGCUGUGCAGGCCCGGAGUGCUGUCCCUGCUCUGGACACUACCUGUCCUACUUAUUUGCAGCUCCAGAACACCUGAACGCUGCUGGAUUUGUGGUUGGCUGCUUUUCCUCUUGCUUUAAGCGUGUUCCUCGCAGCGGAACACGACCAUCCUCGAUUGGCCUGGUUUCCUCCUUUAGGCUGACUUCUGUCUUUCUCAUACAAACCAAUGCUUGUCUUCUCCUUUUGGCUCUGUGUCCCAGCAGGGCUGGGCAGCUCUGCUCAGCCGCAAAAUGGUGCGAUGUGGUGCUGGGAAUGUCCAUCUUGAUGUGAAAUAAGGCCAGGUUGGAAGCUCUCUUUGUCACCCUGGCCAACGCCAGAACUAGCUGAGCUCCACAAAGCCCUGCCGCGGUGCAGACAGUUUUGCUUUCUAGGCAAGGGGCGAUUCAUCAGGAACGAUUCCUGCGCCCCUUAAGGUCCAAGUCAAGACCAAAGUUAGUCUGGGAUCGGGCAGUCCCAGCCCAGAGAUCUGCUUGCAGAGCUGGUCCGUACUCUGGGGACGAGGAGGGCCAGGAUCAGUGAGUGGGAAGCCAGCUCUGGAAAGCCACAGGAGCAGCUGUUUCCAAACCAAACAGAGCCGGGCUCUUGCCGGCUCAAGGACCUCUCUGAAGCUGUAGAAGAAUCCUUUCCUGCUCCCAUGGGCAUUCGCUGAGCCCUCCUUCUCCUGCCAAAGCCGUUCACAGUGCUCAGGAGGCGGAGGUGGGAUCCUUGCUCUGUCGGGCUGCUCGCUCUCAGACCCUCAGAAGAGCAGGUGAUAGAUUUUUGAGACGACUUUCCCCCUUUCUACUUUGCUAGUGUAACGUCAGGCUUGCUUUCCCCUUCCUCAUCUUUGCAAGCUGUCCAUUGUGGCAGCAGCUCUGAACCUCGUACCCUCCACCCUGGUGACGUGACUUCUCACACAUCUCCUUUGGCCAAAGCUUUGUUCAAAAACAAAAACAAAAAAAAAAAAAAAAAAAACCACAACCCAAAAAAACCCAACAAAACCCAAGAAACCAACUCUCGGAGUCUGCUGUACUGAAGUCUCACCCGGGGACUUCUGGAAUAUUCUCUGCUGCUCACCUGAUUUCUCUGCCUAACGUUGAGGAAUAGAUAUGAGACUUCCUUCCAUUAACACUUAAUCUUUUAGAUAGAUAGAUAGAUAGAUGAGAAACUUUCCUGGUCUUUUAGGUGUCACAUCACUAUUUAGUUCCCCAAGAAAUGAUUCCCUUGGAGGAAGAACGUACCGUUUGUGGUCUCCUGUGAAAUGAAGAGACCCGGGGGUGACGGAGAGCUGCCACGCUGCCGGGCUGGUGGCAUCCGUACGUUUAUAUAAGGUCUAAGCUGCACACGGGGAAUAGGUCAGGGAAGAAUCUAAUUUAAAAUUGAAGAAUUUUGAUGGUCAAAAACUUUUCCCACCAGUUGCACUCAAAUGCAUGCCUACUAUACAGCUGACUGCAAAUGAAAAAUACUGGUUUACUCUUUUUAUUAAAGGAAAAAGACUGUCUUAAUUAUUUAUAGUUCCUAUAACUGAAUUGACAGAUGUCAACUUAACUGAUAAAUUAUAUUUGGUUAAAUAAAGAUGACAUUUAUUUAUGUGGA